AUGGUUUGGGCGGCCAUAUCUUGGUAUUCUGCAGGCCCCAUCAUCACCUUGAAAGGUAGAGUCACUGCCAGUGACUAUGUACAAAUUUUGGCCAACCACGUGCACCCCAUGUUUCAAACAUUGUUUCCCAAAGACAGUGCCAUUUGCCAAGACAAUGCUCCAAUUCACACAGUUGGUGUUGUCAAAUUGCAGUUUGACGAGCAUGCAGACGAAGUCUCACACCUUGCCUGGGAACCACAGUUGCUGGACCUCAAUAUCAUAGAGCCACUAUGGUCAAAUGUUGGAGAACAAGGUUUGGAUCCUGUGUGAACUAGAAUGA